AUGACUGGUUUGUCGACGGCUCGGGCUCUGGAGGUCCUCUCGUCGGAGAUCGAGGAUGCCGUGGCGGAGUUCAAACAGCAACUCGACAACAACACUUCAUUCAUCGGGAUAAUGAAGCACUCCCACAACCUACUCUUGUUCAAAUGGCUCGGCUACUCGCUGCUUCUAGUCGUUGGUGUGAUAAUGGCUUUCCUCGGUCACUCCAUUUUCACUUUUCUGAUCAUGGCGUGUAUUCUGCUUCACGUCGUCGGCGGUAUCUACAUAGCGGUUCAGGUGAAGUACGAACUGCACAAUCAUUUACGGACAGUCAUGGAGAAACUCUCAGCUCUGAAGCAUACCAAGUUCAUUUACGAAUCUCAGUGGCAGCCAGUGUCGCCAUGCAUCAGCCUCCAAUGGGUUUACCGGGACGGGAAGCUGAUUAGCUGUCCCACGCAAUUGAUUGUACGUGGGGAUAUCGUGCGGAUGAGAGCCGAGCAAGAAGCUCCGGGUAAAUGUGUGUCGCUAGAUAAACGGAUAACCCUCCAACCAUCGGAGAAAUAUUCGCCUAAAAGUAAAACUGUCAUAGGCAAAAUAGACCCGUGUCACGUUCUCGUCGAGGGCGUACCGACGCGAGAUUUCAUGAUGUUAGAGACACCGUAUCUGAGGUACCUGAGACUCUGCUUGCACAGAGGCACCGAGCCUUACCGUCCAAAUAACUUCACCCGUCAACAAAAAAUCAUUUUCGAUCAGUAUAUCAAGAGGUUCGUCAUUCCCGGAGUGGGGGUGUUGUCGCUGCUGGUUUACGCAGCUAACUGCUGUGCCUUGUCCGAGUUUGAUCUGCUAUACAUGACACUCACGAUAACUCCAGUCGUCUUUCUACUUGCCUGUCCACUCUACUGGUUCUUACAAUUCGCCUUGGGCACUGCCAAAAUCCUUUAUUAUGCCGACCAGUUGUCCGGAGUCACGGAACGCACCGAAAUAGAAAACGUGCCAUGGCUGAAAAUCAUCAGGAACGCAGCUCGAAAUACAACGCGCUUCUGGCAUUCGGGGGUAUUCCUCGAAGCCUUCGCCAGCGCCACCAAUCUCUGCUGCGUGGAUAAAAAAGGGAUCCUGUCGUGGCCUAACGCCAUACCGGAAAAAGUAUUCUUCCUGAGGCAGCAGGCGAUCGACCCGGAGACCGAGAACGAUGAGCAACGCCUGGCGCAGACCAUCGCGAACCAAGCGAAGGCCGAGGUUCUCGAUCUCACUCUGAGAGGCUCGACGAACAGCAUAAUGUUCGAUGAUCCUAAAUGGGUGAAUUUCAUCCAGAAUCUGAAACCACUCGGUUUGGCGAUAAUGUUGAGCAAUUGUGACGAGAAAACCCACGAGAAGAACGCGGCAUUUUUCGAUCACGUCAGUUUUGAGAGUGAAGACCGCGAGAUGUGGGUCCCGGUAAUCAACAAGCGCUGUCUCUGCGAUCUUUCCCGUCAGAUCGGCUUCACGGAUCGAGCAACUAACUCAUAUGAGCAGCUGCAACACCUCUACAUGUUUCGACGGAACGAAUUCGACUCGCGAGCGAACGACAUAAACGUACCCCGACUGAAAAUGCCGUUCCCGAACUUUUCUUCCACCGUUGUUCGGGACAAGUUCACCGAUGGAGUCCAGAUGUUCAGCCAGGGAACAGCCGAUCUCAUUCUGGACCACUGUACGGACUAUUGGGACGGUCACAAUAUCUGUCCGAUCACCGAUUUGGAUCGCAAGUGCAUCCUCGAUUUCUAUCAGAGGACCUCGUUGACAGCGUAUUGUACGGCGUUCUCGUACACGCCCCUGAAGAACUGCGCAGACGUCAUCUUGCCUCCGAACACUUUCAUCCAGGUGCCAACGCGCAAUUUCCACACGAAGGCUUACCUCGGCGGAUUUUCCGCUGUCUCGCAGGCGAACCUCAGCGACAUCAUGAAGAAUAUCGAGAACUCGUACGAAGCGUUCCACGGGCGAAUCUGCAAGCAAGUUUUCAUCGGGAUGGUGGCCCUCCAAUACCAGGCCCGUCCGACGUUCGUCCGACUCAUAGAGGAGCUCGAUAAGGCGUGCAUCCGCUUCGUGCAUUUCAGCAAGGAGAACGAACUCAGGAGCAGGGGGUUCUCCGAGAAAAUGGGCCUCGAGUCGGGCUGGAACUGUCAUAUUUCGCUCUUGAACGAGGACGAUCAAGAGGAAUACGGAGAGACUUCCUUCAGCUGUAGGGCUCUCAAGUCGAAAGUUCGCUUCGAAAACGGAACGCGGUCCUGGAGCACGCCGUCGAUAUUGGUUUCGAUGACAGGCAACCAGAACAACGCGAGACAUGGCUUCAAAUUGUCGCUCAGUCCAUCGCCGAAGGAAGCGGACACCUGUUCGGAGGUGAGCACCGCCGUGCAGUUCGACAUCGCCAAUCGGGCGAAGCUGCCCAAAGGAAUACAGACGAUGCGCUCGCAUAUCGAGAACGUCGAUAACGUUCCCCUCCUGGUGUCCCUGUUCACCGACUGCACCACCGCGGCCACCAAGGAGAUGUUGCGCAUUAUGCAGGAGUACGAACAGGUGCUCUGUGUCUUGGGUAGCUCUCGCAACAUCGACAAUCUUCAACUGUUCAUCCAGGCGGACUGCAGUAUCUCGUGGACGCCCCAGGCACCGCGCGUUUGCAGCCGAUUAUCCGCCGAGAACUAUGAACAGCUCUUGGAUUUGGUAGAUACGCUCAACUCGAUUCCGUGCGUUCUCCACGCGAAGACCGACGACGAGUUCAUGAUUUUCCAACUCGUUCGAGAAGCUCGACAUUUUGUGUCACAGAUGCACAGCUCGUUCCAAUUCGCGGCCCUGUGUUCGGUAACAUUGUCACUGUUGAAUUUGACCUGCCACGCUUUUAGAUUACCGCUACCCGUGUCGCCGAUCGGAACGCUGUACCUGUUGACAGUGGUGAUUCCCUUGAUUGCGUUGUCGUUGAUUUGCCCGCCUUCCGACACAGACAUCAUGGCUGCCCCGAACGUCGAUAGCCUCCAGGUGAAAUUAGAUACGCGUUUCUUCUGCCUACUGAGCUACAUACUUAAGUCCUCUUACGUCGUGCUGACGUUGGUCCUUUGUAAAGCGCUCAGCAUCUUGAAGUUCUGUCAGGGCAGGGGCUGCGACCCCACCGAUAUUCUGGCUGAGCUCCGACUGCACGAUAUGGAGGCGCUUCAGUAUUUCAAUAUGUUGCUCUUGACGGUGCAUUUUGUGACGCUGUCGACGUCGGGUCUCAACCGUAAGAAGUUGGUCUGGCAACACAAUCCUUUCAACAACCGGCUGUGGAUAGGUGUAGUAGCAGCUGUGCUCGCUACGCAGACCAUAGUUCUGCUCUCGUGUUCUGGACUCCGGGAGAUUUCGAUUAUAUCAUGGCUGGUUUUCGCCGUUUCCCCGAUCCUGUUGAUGGCGUUGAGCGAGGGUUGUAAAUAUCAUGAGUUGAAAAUGAUACGGCGUCAGGAGAAGAGACUCCGUUUACAUUUCAUGACCAAGCUCGGGAUGAAUAGUCCUUUCUGAGCAUCCUUCGCUCUCACCGUGUUUUAGCUGUUAUCGAGCUUGAGACCAUUAUCUUUCUUGUACAUGACUAUCAAUGAUCGAGACUGUUUGUAUAAAAUCGAUGGUUCGUGAACGCUCUUCCAUUAGGAGACAAAUCACUGUCCUGGCCACUAUCAGCGCUGGGAGAGAUAAGUGAGCGCACGUCCAGACUCUGACCACUGGAUAAUUCUGUCAGACACAAUGAUAUAUACGAAAGGAACACAAUGAAUAAAAGUGCAAUCACAGGGAAUGCAGGAGGACGAGAC